CUUGUUUGCCGCGCAUUUAGCCUUUCAGUCACAUUCUACUUGCAGCCAAAUUCACAGGAAACGCGUAAAAUGGAGUCUAUUAUUACUACAAAGUCUACGGACAUUGGCAAGCUGGAGCGUACAGGCGCUCAUUCGCACAUUCGCGGACUUGGUUUGGACGACAAAAUGGAGUGCCGCCCGUCCAGCCAGGGCAUGGUUGGCCAGGUCAAGGCGCGCAAGGCAGCCGGAGUCAUUGUGAAGGUUAUCAAGCAGGGCAAGAUCUCUGGUCGCGCGGUCUUGAUGGCAGGAGGGCCGGGUACGGGAAAGACGGCUAUUGCCAUGGCCAUGUCGCAGGAGCUGGGCGACGUCCCCUUCACAUCGAUUGCUGCGUCGGAAGUUUUCUCGCUGGAGAUGUCGAAGACGGAGGCGUUGGCGCAGGCGUUCCGGCGUUCGAUCGGUGUGCGUAUCAAGGAGGAGACUGAGAUCAUCGAGGGCGAGGUUGUCGAGAUCCAGAUUGACCGCUCUGUCACCGGCGUUGGCCCGAAGAGCGGCAAGCUCACGCUGAAGACCACAGACAUGGAAACGAUCUAUGAGCUGGGCCAGAAGAUGAUCGACUCGCUGACCAAGGAAAAGGUCAUGGCCGGAGACGUGAUUCAAAUCGACAAGGCCACGGGCCGUAUCACCCGCCUCGGCCGGUCAUUCACGCGGGCUCGGGACUUUGACGCGACAGGACCUGAAGUCAAGUUUGUGCAGUGUCCUGAAGGCGAGCUUCAGACGCGCAAGGAAGCUGUCCACACGGUAUCAAUGCACGAGAUUGAUGUUAUCAACAGUCGCCAGCAGGGCUUUUUGGCGCUGUUCUCCGGCGACACUGGCGAAAUCAAGCCUGAGGUCCGGGAGCAAAUCAACCAAAAGGUUUCAGAGUGGUGCGAGGAGGGCAAGGCCGAGAUUGUCCCAGGAGUCCUGUUCAUCGACGAGAUACAUAUGCUCGACAUGGAGUGCUUCUCGUACCUCAACCGAGCACUGGAGGACAGCAUGGCUCCGAUUGUCAUCAUGGCAUCGAACCGCGGCAUGUCGCGAAUCCGUGGCACCAACUACCAGUCGCCGCACGGAAUCCCCAUCGACUUUUUGGACCGCCUGCUGAUCAUUUCGACGCAGCCCUACAAUGAAACCGAGGUGCGUGAGAUUCUCAAGAUUCGCUCGGACGAGGAGGAGGUUGACAUGACCGAGGAUGCGCUGAGUGUCCUGACCAAGGUUGCCAUGGAGACAUCACUGCGCUACGCCAUCCACCUGAUUUCGACCAGCCAUCUUGUUGCGCAGAAGCGCCAGGCGGCAAAGGUCGACGUGGCCGACAUCAAGCGUGUCUACUCGCUGUUCUUGGAUGAGGCGCGCUCGGUGCAGUACCUGAAGGAGUACCAGGACGAGUACCUGUAUAACGAAAUUGCCCCCAAUGACGGCAGCCAUGGUGCCAGCACGGCCUCAGGCGCCGAGAAGAUGGUCGUCGAUCAGGAAUAAAUUCCAGUCCAUUAGCAACUUUGGCGAUCUGCCUUUUCUCAUUUCUAGCCCGUCUGUUUCCUGCUGAGCUAAUGGCAACAACACUUGUUUUACUGCA